GAAGACAGCGCAGGAGGGUUGAGGUGUUCUCCCCACAGGGGUACAGUCUGCGGUCCCAGCUACUCCAGAGAUCUCUGUGCUUCUCAGAAAUUGUCAGGAAGCGACUGGUACUGGGUCGCACAACUGUUGAAGGCAGAGCAGGUUAAUUCUGAAUUCAGGGUCCCUUCCUCUAGGCCAGGGCCCUGAGAACCCUGUGGAAGGCCUGAGGCAGAUGUGCCUUCUUUUGUAACGCAGAUGUCACCUACUUUUGACAUCUUUGAAGAUGCCUUGGAGACCAUCUCUAUAUCUCCCUCGGACAUGGCAACAAGCGGCUUCCACUUUGUACCAUGUGACACCAAACGGGCAUCCAGACAGCUUGGAGCAUCUGCUGUGGGCAGUUCAUCAACCAAGGUGGAUCUCAAGAGCGGGCUAGAAGAGUGUGCAGAGGCAUUGAACUUAUUUCUAAGUAACAAGUUUAAAGAUGCCUUGGAGCUGCUUCGUCCAUGGGCCAAGGAGAGCAUGUACCAUGCCUUGGGAUACAGCACCAUUGUGGUCUUGCAGGCCAUCAUGACCUUUGAGCAACAGGACAUCCAGAAUGGCAUUUCCGCCAUGAAGGACGCAUUGCAAACCUGCCAAAAAUACAGGAAGAAAUGCACAGUUGUGGAGUCUUUCUCAAGUCUGCUUUCUCGUGGGUCGCUGGAGCAGCUGAGUGAAGAGGAAAUGCAUGCCGAAAUCUGUUACGCCGAGUGUCUCCUACAGAAAGCCGCACUCACGUUUGUGCAGGAUGAAAAUAUGAUCAACUUCAUCAAAGGUGGACUCAAAAUUAGAACAAGUUACCAAAUAUAUAAAGAGUGCCUUUCCAUCCUGCACGUCAUUCAGAAGAACAAGCAGGAGCAGCACUUCUUCUAUGAGUUUGAAGGCGGCGUCAAGCUUGGCACGGGGGCCUUUAAUUUGAUGCUGUCUCUUCUACCAGCAAGAAUUAUCAGACUGCUAGAAUUUAUUGGAUUUUCUGGAAACAGGGACCUGGGCCUUCUGCAGCUGCGGGAAGGUGCGUCAGGAAGCAGCAUGCGGUCCCCACUCUGUUGCCUUACCAUCCUGGCUUUCCACACCUACAUCUCCCUUAUUCUUGGUACAGGAGAAGUGAACGUGGUGGAAGCAGAGAGUCUCCUCGCGCCCUUCCUUCAGCAGUUCCCAAAUGGCUCACUCAUACUGUUCUACCACGCCCGGAUCGAGCUGCUGAAGGGCAAUGCUGAAAAGGCUCAAGAAACGUUUCGAAAAUGCAUUUCAGUUCAAGAAGAGUGGAAACAGUUUCACCAUCUCUGUUACUGGGAAUUAAUGUGGAUUUAUAUAUACCAGCAGAAUUGGAUGCAGGCGUAUUAUUAUUCAGACCUUCUCUGCAAAGAGAGUAAAUGGUCUAAGGCAACAUAUGUGUUCUUGAAAGCUGCCAUUUUGAGCAUGCUUCCGGAGGAGGAGGUGGCAACGACCAAUGAGAAUGUGGUGGCUCUGUUCAGACAGGUAGAUGGCUUGAAGCAGAGGAUCGCAGGGAAAUCUCUCCCAACCGAGAAGUUCGCUGUGAGGAAGGCACGCCGGUACUCACCCUCCUCAGGAGCCCCCGGGAAGCUCGUCCUACCUGCCCUGGAAAUGAUGUACGUCUGGAAUGGCUUUUCGAUAGUAGCCAAAAGGAAGGACCUUUCUGAAAACCUCUUGGUGACUGUGGAGAAGGCUGAGGCGGCUCUGCAAACUCAGAACUUUGCUGACUCUGUGGAUGAUGAGUGCUUGGUGAAAUUACUGAAGGGAUGUUGCCUCAAGAACUUAGAGCGACCCUUGCAAGCUGAGCUGUGUUUCAACCACAUUGUGGAAAGUGAGAAGCUACUGAAGUAUGACCACUAUCUGGUGCCGUUCACUCUGUUUGAGCUGGCGUGUUUGUAUAAAAGCCAAGGGGACAUUGACAAGGCCAUAAAGACCCUAGAAACUGCAAGAAACAACUACAAAGAUUACUCCUUGGAGUCCAGACUACACUUCAGGAUUCAAGCAGCCCUUCAUCUCUGGAAAAAACCAUCUUCUUCCUCAGACUGAUCAGAACGCACAGAAUGGAAUCCCCCCAGUUAUCAUGGACUCUUGCUGUGGAGAUCAGUCCCAGUUAAGGCAGAAGCGUGAUCCUUCGAAUAAGAAAGGAAACUCUAUUGUCGGGCGCUUCCUGUCACCCGAGUGGCUUCCUGUUCCCCUAUGGAAUGGCAAUCAAUAUUGUAUAGAGAUUCUUAUACUCUGCCUUUAAAAAGAAUUUCACAUUAGAUUUCAAUUGAGGGGUGAAGUCUUUUAAAAGACUGACAGGUACAAUAAAGUCUAGUUAGAUUAUUUAUUUUUUUAAUGCAAAAAUUAAUAUUGUUCAAGUAGCAAAUGGCUUUAUAAGCUGAGCCAUUUUUAGAUUGGCUUGUCCUUUAAACUUCAGAGAUAUUUUAUUGCUUAGUAUUUAAAUCUCAGAGUGGAAAUAAAUAUCGCAUCUAAAGUAAUAUAACAAUGAGUUUCUGAAGGUUCUGGAAGAGUGGAGCAGAGGCCCGAGGGGUGAAGUCUUCCUAGGCUGAAGGACCUGCGUCUCUACAGGAUGAUGCAGCCGUGAGUUCUCGGGUUUCCGCUCCCAGUGGUUGUAAUGGUGGCACUUUUCAGAAAUUGUUCUGUCUUUGAAUGUACUCAUAUCUGAUCCAGCAAUAGCAUUCAACCAUAUAGACAUAUUUCCCAUGUAUCUACAGGAAGAAAACGUGGUAUUUUAGACCUCCCUAACCUUAGUGCUAAAGCCUGAGAUAUACUCUGACUGCUUUCCUUACAGGGAGGAAAAAAAUCCCUGUUGCUUUAAAUGAUAUGUAAAUUAUCAGUCAUUUUUACACUUAGGAUGUGGCUGGCCCAGCGCUGCUCACGGUUCGUUCGUUCUUUCUUUCUUUCUUUCUUUCUUUCUUUCUUUCUUUCUUUCUUCCUUCCUUCCUUCCUUCCUUCCUUCCUUCCUUCCUUCCUUCCUUCUUUUCUUCCUUACUUCUUUCUUCCUUCCUUCCUUUCUUUCCAUCUGGGCUGUGUUUGGUUCUCUGAGUAGAAAAUAGAACCAGAGAAUGAGACUGGAAGAGCCAGGCUCUGCUACUGGUGAGCAGAGAGCAGACGGCUGUUCUGGAGUCCCCCCACCUGUCAGUCACUGUACCUUCCUCUCUUGUGAAACAGGAAAAGAACAGGUGACUUCAACGUUCUCUCUGAGUUUUAUAACCACGAGUCUGUGUAUUAGGUACUUCCAGCACUGUUUAGCAUUUAAUCCACAUUCUUCCCAUUUAGAAUGUUUUAUAAUAUUUUUUUUUCAAUGCCCCUCCCUCUCCUUCCAAUCCACUGCCUAUAGUAGUUGUCACAGCUAAGGCCAGAUCCCAUCCCGUGAGGAGAAACACUUCACGAGUCCACGAGUCAGGGUUUUGUUCUGUUUUCUUGUCUGUAUGGUCGUUGACUCCACAUUCCCCAGGUGGAGCCCCGAGUUUGUAGUUGGGAGUCUCUCUCUGUUGGUGGACAGUUAGCACAACGUAAAACAAAUGACUCGCUCUUUCUAGGACUUGGAUUUUCCAGUGGGAACGACAAGGUAGCAUUCAGUGCUCCGAGGCCUCAGCUAGGUGGUGCCUUGGUAGCUUUCCGUACACUGGGGAGGCUAUAGACACAUGAGUGAGUCUGACCAUUACGGCUUUGUGCAUGGAUUACAGUAUCUGUAUAAAAUAUCCUCUGAGUCUUUGGUCUGUGCCUUAAAAUGAAAUGAACGUGGGCAAUCAGAGGCUUUCGGUUUAUGCAUUUAGCACUGAGAGCGGCCCAGAUCAUGGAGUUGCUCCUGCUCUCCCCUGCUGCAGCUCCCCAUGCUCAGCAUUGGGGUUGUGUUACUUAAGGUACCAUUUCUUGACCAACAUUGAGGAAGCAUUUCUUGAAGAAGGUGAUUAAUACACUUUGAGGCAGAGAACCAUCCCUUCAGAUAACAUGUCACAUUAAUAUGAAUUAUACAACCAGCUACAGAUAGAAGGGGAAAUAAAUUGUCAUGAUACUAUAGAAAUAUAUUCAAUAAUUAUAUAUAUAUAAGACUUUGAAGAAAAGUUUAUAAAUUCCUUAGGAGAACAUUGAUAACAUUAUUUUAAAAACAUAUAUUAUUAAAGAAUAUAUCUGGGUAUAGGGACACAUUCCUUUAAUCCCAGCACUUGGGAGACAGGGGCAGGUGGCUCUCUAAGUUGGAGGCCAGCCUGGUCUACAUAGUGAGUUCCAGGACACCCAUAUCUACAUAGUGAAACCAUGUUUCCAAAAAGAAACAAACAAAAAGAAUAUAUAUCCAUAUUUUGUGAGAAACUGUCAGAGCUCAUGGUCUGUAACAAUAAAUUCCCAUUCUGGUAUAAAAUGAAAAAAAUGAAGCUAAAAACAACUAUUGUAGGCUGGUGAGAUGGGUCAGCAGUUAAGAACCCUUCCUGCUUCUCCAGGGACCAGAGCCUGUUUCCCACUACCAUGUCAGACAGUUCUCACCUGCUGUAACUCCAGAAGAGCUGACACCCCUUCUGGCCCCUGUAGGCACCCAGACAAACAUGGCAUAUGUUCACACAGAAGAAGCACACAUGUGUACAUUGGUAGAUAAUCUUUUUUAAAAUGACUGCUUUUACAUUACCAAACAAAUUCAGCUGUGCCAUUUUUUGAUUUGUGGGUUUUUUUGUUGGUAUUAUUCAUAUUCUCUUUGGCAGUUAGCCGUGUGGAUCAUCUAUCUAGUGACUUUAUAAAUACUGCAGUAGAAUUAAUGCCACAGACAUUUAUCUGUUUCCUGUCGUGUUCAAGACACUGUACAGGCACCGGUUUCUUAGGAUGUUUGUAAGGGUCAUCUUCUACAGCCUGUUUUGUGAUUUAGGAUGUUUGCCUAAGAGAGACCAUUUUAUCUGGCAUCUUUGUGAGGCACCGGUAGUGGCUUGGGACUCUGGCACAUCUAAGGACAGUUUGUAUAGCCACAGGCAAAAUUGCUUCUGUUUAUUUUUUAAAUAGCGAGGCAGUGUUCUGAUUGGUGCUUUCAUGUGGCCAGUAGGAAAGCCUUGAAGGUUAACUACACCAACUACCGUGUAUCUUUGAAUACGUGCACUUCCUGCACAUAAGAUUACAGAGCACACAGUUUUGUGGCUUUCUCUCUGUUCCAAGGACAGGAGGAGACCGUGGGUAGGAGCUACGGGGAGAUAAACUGCACAUUCCUCCAUGGGAAGGACAAUCUGCGGUCAUUAGAGCAAUCCAGCAGGCCGGCCAGCUCCUUGGAAAGGGGUAAGCUAGCAGCUCCGGGUCACUGUCGUCCCUCCCUGGCCCUGGGUUAAUUGAAUUGGAGGUCAGGUCAUUCUACAAUUUUUUGAGCAGGGCUUAAACCCUGUGGUGCAGAAGGGUGAAAAGCCAGUGCCCCUCUUCAAGUAGAAGUGCACGCUCUUUCUCUAGUCCUUUCAUUGUGCUGGGCACUAGCAGCACCUGCUGUCAAAGCUCACGUGAUUCUGCCUCCUAUCCAUCCCCGUGAGGUUUAGUGAUCUUGUUGCGUAGAGCCCUGCUCCCUGGACAGUAAGAGUGAUUUAAGAACAGUCUUUGUGGCCAAAUGGGAAAGUCAAUUCUGGUCAACUCCCCAGACAUUUCAGUUUUCCUGUGUCCUUUGUCCCCCUUCAUUGCAUUCCCUCGGUUUCUGAAUCACCAGUUCUGGUGCGGUUAGUUGUAAUUAGUUAGUGAAGCCUCCAGUGACUGAAAUCCUACGCGCUUGUGAUCUAUCAGGAUCUUAGCAGAUUAUUUUGUCCAUUUUGGCCGUUAAACAUACUGCUUCUGCUGUCCUCAGUCAGCUGUGGCUGCUGCACUCCUGAAAUGGCCAUGGGCAGUGGCACCUUUCUUCUUGUGCCCUGGCACUCUGGCAUCUGCUUACUGUCCGCGGUGACUGCCCAUCCCUCAUCCAUUGCAUCACCUUGCCAGCUCUCUCUCAGUGGUUUACCUUUUCCGUUUAAGUGCCCUUAAAUUUGAUUCUCCCAUGUAUUUGGCGCAUGAACAUCGGUCUCACCCCUGUGAACUCUAUGUGUGCUCAUCUAAAAGUCCCUGUUUUUAAGAUUACCAGGGUAGUCUUAUUUUAUAAACUGUCUCUGCAUGUUGCGAUUGUUAGGUCGCUUCCGUGAAUAAGAUAAUUUCUGAAAAAUUUAAUGAACACUUUGUGAUACUUUUACAUCACCAACAUGCUAAUGUUGACCCUCUUAGAUAGUUCAAUAUACUACUUACAGAUUGUUUGACACGAUUGAUCCACUUAAGGAAUAAUAUGGAAUAUGAUUUAUCUCAAUUUAAAUAUUUUAUACCUUCCAAUUGCCUAUUGUGAGUAAUUUAAGCUCUUUAAGGGUCUCUUUAUUAGAUACAGUGAUAGAUCUAAUGUAUCACUAGAUUGGUCUAUACAUAAGUAAUAUGAAACAACCCAUAUUGACUAAUCCUUCAUGCCCUUUUAGGAGUGGAGUUGUUUCUCCAAAUCACUCUCCCACCACCCAAUUAUUUACAUAUUUUACUGUAUGUGUUAGAUUCCUUGAACCCUGCUUCCCUAGUUAAUAUUUUGGUCUAUUGUACAUUUACUGUUAGCUUUUAUUAUUUUAUAAUGUUGAACUUGAAAUGUAAAGGUCCCAUCAGACUCUAUCAUCAAGGAAGAUGGCCUUGCUGUUGAACAGUUCCAUCUGAUCUGGACAGACUUUCAUAUGCAGGGACAAAUUUAAGUCCGUUCCAGUCCAUCUAUAAAACUUGAUCACUUCAGAAAGAUGUGAUAGGAAAGCUAUUCCAUGUACUGAAACGGCUGAGCAGGUUCUCAGCCUGAAUCAUACAGAGGAUAUAUAGAUUGAACACCAGAGAAGAGUAAGCCCCACCCCCUCCUGUUUGCAGUAUACGGUGAGUGACGUGUGUUCAUCACAGUUAUAUUGCAACAGGACUGUGCAAAAAUUCAAAGCAGAUGCUUCAUUGUAUUUAAAUAAUAAAGAAUUCUGAACAUGCCUACAGGUUGGAUUUUAUUUUAUUUUUUAUUUUUGCGGUGCUAGAAAUGAAACCCCGAGGGCUGGUGUUUGCUUUGUAAGUACUCUACAACUGAGCCACAUCCUCAGCCCCAGGUUGAAUAUUGAAUAGGAAAAAUCAAGGUACAGUAGUAGCAAACUUACUGACAAUAACACAUAGGACUCCUUAGAAGUGUGUGAUUUAAAGGCUGAAUACAGGACAUGUGCAUAUAAUGUCAGGUGCAUUGCUCCUUAACUUUUUCUUCGGGGCUUUGAAUUAAAAGUCUUGGUAGUUUGGGUACCAAAAGAAAAUAAAAAGAAAUUGUUUUCAGUGGAGCAGCACUGAUAAUGAGGGUCUCUGAAUAACUGAGUACAUUAAAGAAUCUUGCUUACAUUUACUUUUGAAGGAGUUGUAUUCUUCUGAGUUUGAAGGUGUGGCACAUUCUGCUUGAGGAAUUACAGAGGCCUCUAGCUUCAGUCUCACUUGAAUAGAGCAGACGGCCAAACCCGCCGUUUGGAGAUAGUAAAUGAGUAUCAAUAAGUUCUCACAAUUCCCUUCUCUCCUGAAAUGUUUUCCCCGCUCCACAGUAGACUAAAUGCUUCCUGUACGGCUCUCCUCUUGCCUACUCCUGUCCUAGGGCAUAAACCAUGACUAUUGGCACACGGCUAAGUUAACACUGAACCACUGAGCACCCAGCCCAAGUAGUUUCCAGGAAAAAAGAGACUGUGGUAAAUAUUUUAAAUCUCAGGCUUUUGGUUGUGUUUAAUGAUGUAAGUAAAUAUAGCACUGCUGGGGUCCAAGAUUUACAGAGAGGCGCAGCAGGUGCCACAGAUGUGUGCUCUGCAGUAAGGCACAUAAUGAAAUGGUUAACCGUGUGCUAAACCCAGCCACUGUGUCAUGGAAUUCUAGAGCUGAGUGUUUUUCAUCACUUUUCCUUUUGCUGACUGUUGGUAUCUGAACACCUGAAUGGAUAUUAGUUGUCUCUUUAUCGAUUACUCUUUUAAAAUAUUUAUUGCAGAUGUUCAUUGAAUGCUCAAUUUUGAUGAAAGUUAUAUACAAAGGCAUAUACGUAUAUAUUUUAUAACAGACAUAUUAUUUUAUUGCACAACUUAUUUCCAAAGCAAAUUUACUUUGUGUCUUUUGAAACUUUUUUUUUUUUUGCCUCAGAAAUACAAAAAGUAAAUCUGUCUUCUCUCUGGUUUGUAAGAGGCCCUCAUGGUAACAUUUACUUUUCACUUACUUUUGGAUUAAGCAAAAUUCAGGCAUGUAUAAACCAACUUGGAGUUUCCAGUUGAACCAUCCGAGCGUCUGUUCUGAGUGCCGUGCUGGUCAGACGUGGAGGUGUCUUGUCUCUGUCUCCUUUCCUUAUGCGCUUAAGCAUGCUCUUCUGGGGGUGAUUCUCAGCAGUCAGUUUUACAGAGGAAAACCAUUUUAGAGAUUGAAGCGAUCUGGACUCUGUAAAAUGAAUGUGUUAUUAAUACCCAUCUGCUAACUUCAGGUCCUGGAGAGGGAAAGAGACCAUCUAGGAAGCUUUCCAUCAGUCAAGGAGGAGGAAGAGGAGUGUGAACUGGCAUUUUUUUUUUCAUGUAAAAGCUGUGUUUCCAUGGCUUCCGUGUGCUGAUUUUGUGUUAAUGUUAUCAUCUGUGAUGUGUAAGUGAAUGUAGAUAAAGAUUUAAAUUUUCAACAUGAAGACAACAGUUCCUGUUUCUAUUUUUACAAUUUAGACAGUUUUGAAAACAGAUAUAUUAGAAAUUGUAUUUUUAAGUGCAAAUAAAUCUAAAAGUCAGUGUUUCCCUCUUCUUCCCUUGUACCCUAGAGAAGGCUCCUUGUUAUUAGGUACAUAUUUAAGUUGCCAGAUUGUUUUCAGAAUCCUAUAUUUUCAUAUUGCUGUAAUCAGUUUACCUACAACGUGCAAUGAUUUGUUAUUUAAAUAAAUGACUCUCGAUGAAAUUACA